AUGGCUGAACAACAAAAAGGGAUACCGUUUUCUAACGGACAUCACGAUGAAAAAAGGCCGGUGGCCAUGGUCAAACCAACUAUCUUCGAAUGCAAUGAAGCAGGACUAAACCGGCCGGUGGCCAUUGUGGAACCAACGAUCUUCGAAUACAAUGAAGCAGAGAAUAUUGACGAUGGCGAUAACUUUGAAGAUGUAAUAGGUGCAUAUUAUUUUAUUCAGCCUGUAAAUGAAAAUAAUCAGCAGUUGAAUGAUGAUACAGUUAGAGGUGAUGAUGUUCUUAUCGUAAAUGAUGACAAUGACGAGGUUGUGCUAAACGCACACGAUGAUGACGAUGUUCAAGAAAAUGAUAAUGGUAAUGAAGAUGGUGAUAUUUUGAAUGAGGAGGAUGUGAGAGUCUUGGUGGUUAUUUGCGAUGAUGAUGCAGAGCAUGAUGAUGAUAGUGAGGAUGUUGACCUGAAUGUGGACGAAGAUGGAGAUGAGGUCGUCUGCGACAACGACGAGUAUGUAAAUGAAGAUGGCGAUGAACAUGAGGAGGAAGAUGAUGAUGACGGUGAGGAGUUUUGCGAAGUAAACGAUGAUGACGAGGAGGAAGAAAAUUAUGAAGAUGACGAUGAACUCCAUAAUGGAGGCAGUGGGCGCAAAAGAAAAAGAAUCAAUCAAUCAGACCGACCCAUAAAAAUAUGCAAACCUUUUUAA